CCUUCACUGCGUUGGAGGCGUGGCGUCUGUUCAGGGCGCCUGAAGGAGACUUGGUAACUCCCAAGCCCUUCUCUUCCAGAGGUUUCGAGUCGCUCCUACCAGCCGUUCUCGGCGCUCCAUGAGGAAAAUGCUCGCCGCCGUCUCCCGCGUGUUGUUGGGCGUUGCCCAGAAGCCGGCAACCAGAGUGCUAGUGGCAUCGCGUAAUUUUGCAAAUGAUGCUACAUUUGAAAUUAAGAAAUGUGACCUUCACCGACUGGAUGAAGGCCCUCCCGUUACAACUGUGCUCACCAGAGAGGAUGGGCUCAAAUACUAUAGGAUGAUGCAGACUGUGCGCAGAAUGGAGUUAAAAGCUGAUCAGCUGUAUAAACAGAAAAUUAUUCGUGGUUUCUGUCACUUGUGUGAUGGUCAGGAAGCUUGCUGUGUGGGGCUCGAGGCCGGUAUAAACCCCACAGACCAUCUCAUCACAGCCUACCGGGCUCAUGGCUUCACCUUCACUAGGGGUCUUUCUGUUCGUGAAAUUCUCGCAGAGCUAACAGGACGAAGAGGAGGUUGUGCUAAAGGGAAAGGAGGAUCUAUGCACAUGUAUGCCAAGAACUUCUACGGGGGCAAUGGUAUCGUUGGAGCUCAGGUACCCCUGGGAGCUGGGAUUGCUCUGGCCUGUAAGUAUAAUGGAAAAGAUGAAGUCUGUUUGACACUAUAUGGUGAUGGUGCUGCUAAUCAGGGUCAGAUAUUUGAAGCUUACAAUAUGGCAGCAUUAUGGAAAUUACCGUGCAUUUUCAUCUGUGAGAAUAACCGCUAUGGAAUGGGAACGUCUGUUGAGAGAGCCGCAGCCAGUACUGAUUACUACAAGAGAGGAGACUUUAUCCCUGGGCUGAGGGUAGAUGGGAUGGAUAUCUUGUGUGUCCGAGAGGCCACGAAGUUUGCAGCUGCCUAUUGUAGAUCUGGGAAGGGACCUAUCCUGAUGGAGCUGCAGACUUACCGUUACCAUGGACACAGCAUGAGUGACCCUGGAGUCAGUUACCGUACACGAGAAGAAAUUCAGGAAGUAAGAAGUAAGAGUGACCCUAUUAUGCUUCUCAAGGAUAGAAUGGUGAAUAGCAAUCUGGCCAGUGUUGAAGAAUUGAAGGAAAUUGAUGUUGAAGUGAGGAAAGAAAUUGAGGAUGCUGCCCAGUUUGCCACAGCUGAUCCUGAGCCACCAUUGGAAGAGCUCGGCUAUCACAUCUACAGCAGCGAUCCACCAUUUGAAGUGCGUGGUGCCAACCAGUGGAUCAAGUUUAAGUCAGUCAGUUAAUGGUAGACUGUAAUCAUGGGCUGUUUGUCGGCGACUGUAAGGAACUCAGUGUUAUCAACUUUAAGGAAGACUAAUAAGGAAUAUAUCCAGCAAAUGAACAUCUAGGAGACUUUCAUUAUGCGUUGACUAAGUAGCAUGUAAAUUAAUGGGAAAGUGAUGCAUGCUGGUUGUACAUUGUUGCAUUAGAGAAAGUUACUAAGUACUUAGAUAUUUUGUGUGAAUAUCAUGAAGACUGUUGGAUUUGUAUAGGUCUAAAAUAGUUCUACCAAGUUACCCCCUGCUCCCUUUUCUGGGAUCAUUCCUGUACCCAUGGCUCAUCUACAUAGGAUAGCAGCUACUUGAGUCAUUUCUCCAAAGUAAGACACAAUAUUUAUUUUUAUAACAAAGUAAGAGGUGAAAAUAUUUACCAUUUAAAAAUAAGACUACAGCCAUUUCAAAUGCAAAAUAACUUAGUUCUGUCUCCAUUUGUACAGUCAACAGUCAACAUAAAUAUGACGUUAUUUUCAUAAAUUGCAGUUCCAUCACAUUUAAAUGAAAGGCACAUUUGUAUCAAUUUUACCUUCCAACUCUAAGCACUAUAUUAGUGAAUAACUUACAUCUUAAAACAGUGACAGCUAGCCUAUUAUUUAGCCACACUUUGGUUUAUCUUUCCAGCAAGUACUUUGUGUGCUGAUAAUGAAAGAAAAUUAAUAAGCGUUUUACUCUGGGAUAUCAAAACUAAGGCUCACUGUUCACAUUACAUACAGUUCUAUAAAUCUUUAAAACAUUUAUAAAUAACAGGUUUAAAACUUUUCAGUAAAGACAGUCUUUGAACAAUGGUAGGUCUUCGUUUUUCCUUGGGUAAACUCCAAACUUAGGCACAUGAACAGAAGCUUUAACCACAAAUGUGUGGUAUUUGCCUGCUCUGUCCUCAGGCUUAGCUGUCAGUGACUAAACCUAAUCUGCAGUGGUUGAGGACUCCUGAGCCUGUCUUCUGUGCUGGGAGACCGCGUGCCAAAUCCUGCAGAGGACACCACCACUGCAGAACAAACAAGAGUUAGCAUGGGAAAACUGAGUUUCAAAUCAACCACUCCAAAACAAUUCUGUAGAAGUCAUGUGGCAAAAGGCAUAGUAUACAUUCUAGAUUUGCCAUCUACUCCUCAAUGCAGUCUUAUUGGCAUAAUGGUACACACCUGUAAGGGUAUGGCUCAGGCAGUAGAGAACUGGCCUAGCAAGUGUAAGGCCUUGAAUUCAAACAAUAUCUCCAAAAAUGUGUAUUUUCUUCAUAUGUGUAGGUGAUACAUGUGCCCCAAUGGUAGGGCAUGCUAUACAGGAAUCUCAGUGGCUCUGUGUAGAAGUGGCAAUAUAAAAUGCCUUGCACAGAAGAACAGGCUGUGCUGUAGGAAGGGUCUUGGCCUGGUGCCCUGGAACCUCAGGCCUCACCUUGGCCUUUUCCUAACAUGAACCUAUCAGAAUUUCAGAUUUUGGAAGGAGGAUGGGUAAGGUGUUGUAAAACAUAGGAAACUGAAUUCAUUUCAGGGAGCCAGGAGCAGGUGGCAGCACUUAAUUUGUAUUAUCAUUUUAAAGGAUAUUCACAAGAAAAUAAAUACGCAAACUGUUUUGAAGAUCUUACCGUAGUCUAAGGUAUCUUAAGUCUUCCUUAGUGAUAUCAUUAAGAAUAUGAGAAAGUGUAUAAUCCUCUUGAAUAAUCUGAAACCGAAAUUGGAUAUGAUAUGUAAGAGAGAAAGCUUGUAAACAGUAUCAUAGGAAUAGUUGGGGGUUAUAAUUUUACCCUUUCAAUUGUAUUUGCAUCCACUCCUUGUAGCUGCAACCAGUCUAUAAGCUCUUUGUCUGUUCCCCGCCCCUGCAGGGGUUCUGGAUUUUCUGUAUUACCUGUAUUGGUGAAAAAUUUGUUUUGUUUUAACCUGUAACCAUGAAAUGCUUCAAAGUAAGGUUGCAAUGUGCAAAUAAGCUGAGUCAAACUUGUAUCAUUCAACUGCUUUAAUAAAGUGUUAUACAAUUCAUAAUCAUCAGA